AUGGUUCGCUGUGCGUACAGCGUCACCGCCGUUCUCCUGUGUGUCGCCUUCCUGUGGCAGACUCCGCGUGUGGACGGGCUCACCUCGCUACAAGCCAACCAGCUGUCAGGUCUGAUGGUGGACCUGAAGACGCAGAUUGACCAGACCAGGCAGAUGAUCGCGAGCGCCAACCAGUUCUCCCUGUCACGUCGGGCACAGUUCGCCCCAGCCUGUCCUGCCGGAGAGUUUAGCGACAAUGGCCUCCCCUGCCAGCCUUGCGCGGCCGGAACCUUCAGCGCCCAGGUCGGCUCCACCAGCUGCAGCGAGUGUCUCUUGGGACACUUCAACCCUACUCCUGGGGCCACCAGCUGUCAGCCUUGCCCGGCUGGACAGUUCGCCGCCCAGACUGGGUCCGCCCAGUGCACCGCCUGCCCGGCGGGACAGCACAGUUCCGCCCCGGGGUCUACCCGCUGCCAGCGCUGCGAACCGGGGAAGUUCAGCACCGCCGGCAGCUCAGCCUGUCAGCAGUGUCCGGCCGGCAGCUACAACAACCAGCCUGGGGCGCAGGUCUGCGACUCCUGUCCACCGGGCACGUAUAGCACCUCGCCUGGGUCCACCGGCUGCCAGGCUUGCCCGGCGGGGCGGUUCAGCUUCCCGGACGGGCAGACCGGCUGCCAGCUCUGUAACGCCGGCACGUUCGCGCCGUCCGCAGGGUCCAGCGCCUGCCAGAGUUGCCUGCCGGGCUUCUUCAGUUCGUCCCAGGGCGCCACCGCCUGCAGCACCUGCCCAGCGGGACGGUAUAGCAACUCCGCGGGCUCCACCAGUUGCCAGGUCUGUCCCGCGGGACAGUUUAGCGGCCCCGGCAGCUCGUCCUGUCAGCGGUGCCCGGCGGGACAUUUCAGCACAGCUGGUAGCUCCUCCUGCCAGCGCUGUCCCGCGGGACAGUACGGCACCCAGAGCGGAUCCGCUAGCUGCACCCAGUGCCCUGCGGGACGCACUGCUGGCAGCACGUCCUGUACACGGUGUCCGGCUGGCACCUUCACUGGGGCCCAGGGCUCCACCACCUGCGCUUCCUGUGCCGCGGGCUGGUACACUUCCUCCACGGGGUCUACCAGAUGUACUGCCUGUUCAGCGGGAUGGUACACUGGGUCCCCCCGUUCCACCGGCUGUACCCGCUGCCCAGCCGGACGGUAUAGCCGCGCUGGUAGCUCGGCCUGUACUCCCUGCCAGGCUGGCACGUACACUUCGUCCCAGGGCUCCACCAGCUGUGCUUACUGCCCAGCAGGACAGUACAGUUCCUCCCCCGGUUCCACCAGCUGUACACGCUGUCCCGCAGGGCAGUACAGUCCGUCCCAGGGCACCAUCAGUUGUACCCCCUGCCCCUCUGGAUACACCAGCACCACAGGCGCAACGAGCUGCACGGCACAAAGUCCCUCGGUGUCCCUCCGACUGGUGGGCGGGAGUAACUACGGCAGGGUGGAGGUGCUCUACCAAGGGCGGUGGGGGACGGUCUGUGACGACCACUGGGACAUGAACGACGCCAACGUCGUGUGCCGUCAGCUGGGGCUCGGCAGCGCUACGCAGGCCGUAAUGUAUGCCGGCUUUGGGCAGGGGUCCGGCCAGAUCUGGAUGGACGACGUGCACUGCAGUGGCUCCGAGUCAAACCUCGGUAGCUGCAGGCACAACGGAUGGGGCUCCCACAACUGCGGGCACAGCGAGGACGCCGGGGUGCGGUGCAGUGGAGGCGGCUCGAGCGGGAGCAUCCGGUUGGUGGGCGGGAGUAACUCGCGACAGGGCCGGGUGGAGGUGUACUACGGCGGACGCUGGGGGACAGUCUGCGACGACGACUGGGACAUUCACGACGCUCACGUCGCGUGCCGCCAGGCCGGGUUCGGCAGAGCUUAUCAGGCCCGAUCAUACGCCGCCUUUGGACAGGGGUCCGGCCAGAUCUGGAUGGAUAACGUGGCCUGUAGCGGGUCCGAGUCAAGUCUCGGUAGCUGCAGGCACAACGGAUGGGGCUCCCACAACUGCGGGCACAGCGAGGACGCUGGUGUGAUCUGCUAUUAA